AUGGCAAGAAAAUUAAAUGUGUUGCUAGUAUUAAAGAAACUACAAUUCCUUGAAAAUGUUGAAAAAUUAAUAAAAGAAGGGAAAAAUUAUUUAUUUCGAAUGAAUAAGCUGUCUGAUAGUUUAAGAAUAGAUUCGUAUCAGUAUAAGAAAAUCUUAUACUUUAUGGAUCGUUAUUCACGUUGUAAAACACAAUUAAAGGAGAAUAUAGAGGAAUUAAAAAAUAUGUUCGAUAAUAGUAAUAUCGAUGAUAUCAUAGAUGAAGAAGGAACAGAUGAAGAGAAUGAGAUAGAUUAUAUGGAGGACGAAGAUUUUCUUCUCGAAGAACAAUUUUAUCAUUUUCGUAAUAUAAUGUAUCUAAAGAAUAUGCUUGCAAACAUGGAAAUGUUAAUUUCACGAAUGUUAAAUAUAAAUGGAUCCCUUAUAAAUCUUCAGUUAUCAAAAUAUUCAAGAUUGAAAAUUGCAUUAAAAAACUAUUCCGUAAAAGUGUAUGAAUUUUUGAAAAAUAAUAAAAUACUCGUAGAAUCUAAAAAUAAUUUUGAGAAAAAACAAUUCACGAAAAACAUUCAGGAUAAAUUUAUACAACUACAAAAACUUAUAAUUCAGAUUGCCAAGAAAGAAAUAUUCUUUACGGAUAUUAUGAUUCGCAAUUUGCAAGAUAUGUCUGAACGAAGAAAAUGAAGAAAAUUAAUUAAAAUUUAUAUCAUACGAUAUCAUUAUGAAAUAUAAUUAAUUUAUUUUUUUAUGUUUAGAUUACAUAUAAUAUGAAAAAAAGUUAAAUUAAAUUAAAAGU